AUGUCGGCCAACAACAACAACAACAUCAUCAACAAUCAGCAGCAGCAGCAGCAGCAGCAGCAACACAAUCUUCGCCCGCGUCCACCUGUACCAGCCGAUCCAGAUUUUGUUCAGACGUUUCCAUAUACAAGUGCCCCUACGACCGAGAGCGUUCGUCGCUAUGUGGACCAGACCAUCCUUCCCGCCGCCGCCGCCAGCCCUGCCAGUGCCUCUCGUGCCUCAGCAAUCCUCCUCACCAAUCUUGAGGGUGAAGCCCGUCUCUUAGACGUGGAGUUGCGCGCCGCCGCCGUGACUCGUCCCGGAGAUGUUCGUGCUGCUGCUGCCCUCCGCGAUCUGAAUGACCUGUGGCCGCAUGGCCAGUGGUGUCCGCCUGCUUUCCGGCCCCCCGGCGAUCUCCCUGCGUCUCUUCUUACGGAGAUGCUUGCCUUCUCGAGGCUUGUGUCUGGUCGCAUGGGAAGGGACUGGCUUCCGCGUCUGUGGAUGGGCCCGCCUGCCAUUCAUCCGGCCGGCGUCCUGCAUCUUGCGAUGCAAGGAAAUGUUUACUUAACGCGCCAUGUCAUUCGAGCUGCUCGUUUUGACUUCAUCCAACCGGCUCUGGCCCCGGUCUUGGCUCCGGCCCUGGCUCCAGUUCCACCUGCUCCUCCGCCUCCUCCACCUCCCGCCCCUGCGCCGAUCCCGGUCUCUUUCCAUACCGAGCUCGAGACACGCCUACGCCAGGUCCGCGUGGCUCUAGAGCAGCAAGAGAGUAGUCGACAAGUGGAACAAGAGCAUCAAGACGAUGAUUCUCUUUUCGGAGCUCGAGUUGGCUCCGUACGCGCAGCCUCCGCCCGAGACUCCCAAGGCCCGCCGCCAUUGCUCGGCCUCGACCUCGACGUCGAUCUCGAACUCGACCUCGGCCUCGACCUUGACAUCAACCCCGGCAUCGACAACUCCGAGGCUUUUCUUACGCCGCAGGACCUUGCCACCCACGACGGCGAGCCUGUCGUCAGUCCCCCUGACCAGCAGCCUGUGUCCUUGGUGCCGGGCGAAGACAUCCUCCGCCACGCCAGCGAUCUCCUCCGCAGCAUCGACGAUGACAUCAGAAAGAUGGGCAGGCCGAUAGAGCACUACUUUGGCAUUGGCCCAGACGAAGAUGACGACAACGACGAUAACAACAACGUCGAUGAGGUUGGUUGGUUGGGCGCGCCUCUAAAUGACGACUUCAACAUCGGCCCCGGCGACCAUGACGACGGCGAUGAUGAUAACGAGAUGCCCUCACGCAGCGACCGUAGCUCUGAGCAAGCGGAUCUCCUACCGCCGUUUGUCCUACCCCCCGGCGCCGAAGAGCCCGACGAGCUGGGUCUACAAGGAGCUGCCCUAGAGGCGGUGUUUGUGCCCCUUCCUCGACGCCGUCACCCGCCGCAGCCCUACCAAUCGGUCGAGGCAACAAUCUCAGCCGUCUCUCGGGGCAUCGAAACCUCCACUGCCACCCGCCUUCAGCGUGGUGAGGCUUUCUUCACUUUGGCACAGAGAAACGCCAUCGCACUGGGCGUGGGCGUGGUCAUCGUCGUGGACGUGGGCGUGGGCGUGGACGGGGGCGUGGACGUGGGCAUAGGUCCUGACAAGAACCUUUCUGCUGGGCAUGGCUGGUUCUUUGAAGAUUAA